AUGAGAAUGGCCACCUCAGCAGCCGCAAGAUCCAUUUUCCGCUCCUGCGCCUCCCGCAGCUGCGGCUCGGCGGCGCGGCUCGCCUCUGAAUCCAAAGCCGCUCGCUCCCCGUUUCGUAUGGCAGGCAAGCGACCUUCCUCUUCUCCCGCGCUUAGGUCUCCCGUUGAAUUGAGCUUCUGUGUGGAGUCAAUGCUGCCCUACCACACAGCAACAGCAUCGGCUUUGAUGACUUCGAUGCUCUCCAUCACUCGCCGCAGUUAUGGUUGGCUUCCAGAAGGAAGACAUGGAACAUUUUUUAUGAUGGCUAUUUCAGUGCUUGCAACAACGAUGCAUGAUCAAUUUCCAGUGAGUUCAGUAGAAGUUUUGUUCAAGAUUCUAGCACUUGAAGAGAAUGAUGACUUGGAAGCUUUAACUGCAUGCUUACUGGACAAAUCUGUUCUGAAAGUACUCCCAGCAGUUUGCCCCUUGUCAUGGCAAGGGGGGGCUAGGGCAGCUACUAUUCACGUGAAUAGUGACUGCCCUUGCCAUAUUAAGCAAUGUGUGUUUCCAGCAAUUGCUCUUUGUCAUGGCAAAUACUAUUCAUUUACACUGGUGGACCCAUAA